AUGUCCAAGCCACGGAAGCAUCAUUGGGAAGCAAUCAAGUGGAUCCUAAGAUACUUGAAGGGUACAACGAAUCAUGGUAUCAUGUUCAACAAGGAGCAGGGUGUUCUAUCAGUUGUGGGAUAUGUGGAUUCUGAUAAUGCAAGUGAUCUAGAUGAUAGGAGGUCUACAACAGGGUAUGUCUUUACUCUUGCAGGGGGACUUAUAUGCUGGAAAUCAUCAGUUCAAACCAUAGUAGUUAUGUCUACAAAUGAGGCAGAAUACAUGGUUCUAGCUGAAGCUGCCAAGGAAGCAUUAUGGAUUACAUGGUUAGUGAAAGAGUUAGGUGUUGAGUAA